AUGUCUAGGAUAGAAGGUCUGACGUUUGAUGCGAAGUCGGAGAGAGAGCUAGACAAGAUUAUCGAUGACGUCGCUUUGAGAAUAGAUACAGAACGACCAAGCGAAAAGCCGUCUGUUCUUAGUCGCAAAAAGCAGUCCGCCAAGCACUCCCCUGGUCUGUCGUAG